GUCUCUUUCCCGCCAUCUUGAACUUGGCGAGUAACGCUGUGAUCAGCAGUAACGCCACGUGUGGAGAUUCAGGACCAGAAGUUUACUGUAAACUGGUUGAACACGUUCCAGGGCGACGGAUCAAGAACCCACACUGCCCAAAGUGUGACGCCGACUCAGUCCUGACCAAAGAGCGUCAUCCAAUCACAAACGCCAUCGAUGGAACCAAUCAGUGGUGGCAGAGUCCGAGUAUCAAAAAUGGACAGCAGUUUCACUGGGUCUCCAUCACACUGGAUCUGAAACAGAUCUUUCAGGUGGCUUACAUCAUCAUCAAGGCCGCCAACUCUCCCCGACCAGGCAAUUGGAUCCUGGAGCGCUCAAUGGAUGGUUUGACCUUUGAACCUUGGCAGUUUUAUGCUGUCAGUGAUUCUGAGUGUUUGACUCAUUACAACGUGACUCCUAGACUCGGGUCACCCACCUUCAAGGGUGACACGGAGGUCAUCUGCACGUCUUUCUACUCCAAACUGGACCCUCUGGAACACGGAGAGAUCCACACCUCCCUGAUUAACGGGCGACCUGGAGCUGAUGAUACGACCCCCGAACUCUUGAACUUCACUUCGGCUCGUUACAUCAGACUGAGGCUUCAGCGAAUCAGGACGCUAAACGCUGACCUAAUGACACUGAUCAGCAGGGACCCCAAACAAAUUGACCCCAUUGUUACCCGGAGGUAUUAUUACUCAAUCAAGGACAUCUCUGUGGGCGGGAUGUGUAUCUGUUAUGGCCACGCCCAGAGCUGCCCAUUGGACCCUGUUAGCAAGAAGCUGCAGUGUGUGUGUGAGCACAACACCUGUGGAGAGAACUGUAAUGAGUGUUGCCCUGGUUACCACCAGCAGCCAUGGCAACCAGGAACCAUCUCUGAGGGGAAUACAUGUGAACAGUGUAAUUGUCACAACAAAGCUGUCAACUGUUUCUACAAUCAGACCGUCUCUGACCUCUCACUGAGUUUAAACUCUCGCGGCGCUCGGCGAGGAGGCGGAGUCUGUAUCAACUGUCAACAGAACACUGCUGGCAUCAACUGUGAGAACUGUUCUGAUGGAUUUUACAGACCAACUGAGGUCUCUCCAUAUUCAGACUCUCCGUGUGUGGAGUGUAACUGUGAUCUAAAAGGAUCCGAGUCUUCAGUCUGCACCAGAGAUGACACACAACCAGGUGUCUCAACAGGUCAGUGUGUGUGUAAGGAGGGUUUUACAGGUCGACAGUGUGAUCGUUGUGCAUUUGGAUACAGAGAUUUUCCUCAAUGUGUUCGCUGUGAGUGCAACCUCUCUGGGAGCAUCAACUCAGACCCCUGCAGCCCCUGCAUCUGCAAGGUCAAUGUGAUGGGAGCUCACUGUGAUCUGUGUAAACCGGGUUACUAUGACCUACAGGACAGUAAUCCGCUCGGCUGCACCGACUGUUUCUGUUUUGGUGUGUCGGAUGUCUGUGAGAGCUCUGCCUGGUUGACAGCUCAGGUUCACCAGGCAGAUGCUUUGCUUCGUCCCUCUCAGUCCCCUUACAUCUCCCCUACCAUACAUGGCAAUGACCUCCCCAUCCCCGUCAACAUCUCCUCAGGCCACACCCACCUAGAAGUGCUGUCGUGGACAGCACCUAAGCAUUUCCUUGGCAACAAGCUCGUAUCCUAUGGAGGUUUCUUGAACUUCUCUGUGGUUUAUGAUGUCCCGUUGGACAAUGAAGACCAUUCUCUCCCUGCCCACUGUGACAUCAUCAUUGAGGGUAACAGUCAGGCUGUUCAUCUCUCACUUCCUGUCCUCCUGGUUCUCUCUCCUCUGGCUGAGCGCUCAGUUGCUUUAACAAUGACACCACGGCAGUUUGUGAAAGUUGAGAUGGGCCACCGCGUUACUCGUGAUGACCUGCUGUCAGUACUUGCUGAUGUGACCACACUGAAGGUCAAAAUUCACGUGAAUGCCUCCACUGAUGGGCCGAUAUAUCUUAGUUACCUGUCUCUGGAUGUCGCUGACCCGAUCUCCAUUUCUGGUGAUCAGGCGGUUGCUGUGGAGAUGUGUGAGUGUCCAUGGGGAUACAGUGGCACUUCCUGUGAGGCAUGUCUCCCUGGUUUUUUCAGAGUGGGAGGAGUUUUGUUUGGAGGGAACUGUCUGCCGUGUGAGUGUAAUGACCACGCCACCGAGUGUGAUAGCAACGGAGUCUGUUUGGGUUGUACCCAUAAUACCACCGGUCCUCACUGUGAUCAGUGUCUUCCUGGUUUCUACGGCGACCCCUCAGAGGGAACAGCUGAUGACUGUCUGGUGUGUGCGUGUCCUCUAAUGUCCAACAGUUUCAGUCCCACCUGUGUGAUGGAGCAGUCUGGACAGGUGUUCUGUGACCGGUGUCAGGUGGGAUACACAGGAAACUCCUGUGAAAGGUGUGCCAGUGGUUUCUAUGGAAACCCACAGGCAGUGGGUGGGGCCUGUGUCCGCUGUGAGUGUAACGGUAACGUAGACAUCAGGGAGGCGGGGCACUGUGACACUCUCACUGGAGAAUGCUUGCGUUGCCUAGGCAACACUGGUGGAAGACACUGCGAGGUCUGUCAACAUGGUUACUAUGGAGACGCUGUGCACGCUAAGGACUGUCAAGAGUGUAGCUGUGAUGUCAACAACGCCCUCUCCAGCGUGUGUGAUGUCACAACAGGUCAGUGUUUGUGUAAAGAGAACGUGAAAGGACGCACCUGUGACCGCUGCCAGUCAGGGUUUUUCGGCCUGGAGAGUGGGCGGGGCUGUCAGGCAUGUGGCUGCAGCCAAUCAGUAUCUCUGUCUGAGUCAUGUGAUGAAGAGGGGCGAUGCCAGUGUGUGGUGGGUGUAGCGGGAGACAAGUGUGACCGCUGUAGUCAUGGUUACUUUGGUUUUCAUACCAACGGCUGUACAGCAUGCACCUGUAAUCACACUGGUGGAAACUGUCACAUUGACAGUGGCAGGUGCAUCUGCCCCGCCCACACACAGGGAGACACCUGCGAAAGGUGUGAGACAGGAUACUGGGGUCGCAACCUCGUCACCGGAUGCAAGCCAUGCAGUUGCAGCGCAGCAGGAAGCUCCACCCCCCAGUGUGAUCUGACCAAUGGACAGUGUCGCUGCAAAGAGGGCUUCACUGGCAGGUCAUGUGAUCAGUGUUCACCUGGUUACUAUGGUUACCCGAAGUGCUUAGAAUGUGGCUGCGAAAUGGCGGGAACAGAUGAGAAGUUUUGCAACAAAACUCUCGGAGUGUGUGACUGUGGACACACGGGAAAGUGUGUGUGCAAGGUGGGCGUGGCCGGGCGGCGCUGUGAGGAGUGCGUUUCUGGUUGGUUCGCUCUGUCAGCUGACGGCUGCUUACCAUGUUUCUGUUCAGGACUCAGCAGAGACUGUGAGGAGCAGGGAGGCCUCUACAGAGUACCUAUCAGCCUGGAUCCCUUGCCCCCUCUCUUGUCAUUGGUCAGUCAAUCCAACUUGCAGUGUGUAGUGUCUGGAGUUUACCUGCAGGGUGGCGACAUGGUGCUCGACACCCGACAUCUCAACAACAGCAGACUGGCUGGACCCCUCUACUGGAGACUGCCCGCACAAUUUCAAGGCCACCAGUUGUUGUCGUAUGGUGGCCUGUUGUCUUACAUCAUCACUUUCUACGCUGAGGAUGGCUCAGGAAUGUCCAAUCAGGAGCCUCAAGUCAUGAUAAGGGGCGGGACUCUGAGGAAGCUGGUGAUAUACACUGACAUCGUCGCCCCUGGCAACGGUAUCAGAACACAGCAUGACAUCAUGAUGACAGAGCACAACUGGAAGUACUUUAACUCGGUGUCGGAGGAUUCGGUGACUCGCUCUGACUUCCUGUCAGUCAUCAACAACAUUGAGUACAUCAUAAUCAAAGCAUCAUACGGGAGCAGACUGCAACAGAGCAGGAUCUCUAACAUCACCAUGGAAACAUCACUUGAGGCGGAGUCACUGGAGCGGUCAGAGAUUGGAGUCAGCGUGGUCAGACAUAUCGAAUCUUGCAUCUGUCCAACUGGAUACACCGGUUUGUCUUGUCAGGAGUGUGCAGCAGGGUUUUUCCGUCAGCCUCUUUCUGAGCUCUCAUCUCAGAGUUUGAAGUCCUUGUUUCUUCAUCCAUGUGUUCGAUGUCGCUGCAACAACCACAGUGAGAUCUGUGACACUGAAACCGGAGACUGUCAGGGCUGUAAACAUCAUACCAGUGGGCGGAGCUGUGAGCUGUGUGCCCCGGGGUAUUAUGGGAACGUCAGUGGCUCCAUCAGUGAUUGCUCCCUCUGUGCCUGCCCCAUAAGGGACAACAGUUUCAGUCCCACCUGUGUGUCAGAGGGAACAUUGGGUGAUUUCCGCUGCACUUCCUGUCUCGAGGGAUACGAGGGGAGAUACUGUGAGAGGUGUUCGGUUGGUUACUAUGGAUACCCAUCAUUGCCCGGCGGUAUGUGUUCACGAUGCAAUUGCAGUGGGUGGGGCUCCCUGCAGCUGCUAUGUGAUUCGCAGACAGGACAGUGUGACUGUAAGGCCGGGGUCAGAGGUCAGUCAUGUGACCAGUGUGACGAGAGGCACAUUCUUCAGGGAGAAGAGUGUGUGUCCUGUGAUGACGAGUGUUCUGGGGUUCUGUUGGACGAUCUGGACAAAGUACACGACCAUUUCCUGUCUGUGAACCUGAGCAGCAUCACUAUUGCAGCGUCAAGUCAGCUGGUGAUGCUGGAGAAGCAGAUCAGAGACUUUCAGGUGGUGUUUUCGAAAAACAAUUCUAUUUCCCUGGGUCUGUCCGGAGCGGAAGUUCAGCUAAAUCAUUUGACCUCUGACCUCAGUGAUGUGCUACAGCAGGUCAACAGUCUUUCUAGCAAGUUCGAGAAAGUUUUAAUGUCCACCAAAAACAGCGCUUCCCAGAGUGCACUGCUACUAGAAAGCAUCAGCAAGCUACAAGACAACAUUCAAGUGCUUCGGCUGGAGGCGGGGCUUCUGAAUCAGACCUCAGAGGAUGAGCUUAGUUCAGCCAAUCAAACCCAACUGCUGGAGAAUGUUAAGUCCAUAUUGGAGAUGAUCAGAGCUGUCAAUCUAAUUAAUGCAAACACUACGGCCAAUCAGGAGCUCGGCCUCUCGGAGUCCCUCCUUGACUCACUGCAGUUGGACUUCUUGUCCAACACAGUGUCAGUUGAUGACAGGCUCCGCCCCCUCUCUUCCUCCCUUGUGGUUGGCAUGGAGACACUGCAAUUUGCAAGCACACAGCUGAAAGAUGCUGCAAAACAAAAUACACAAUCACACACUCUGCUGGAUAACACACACACUCAACUGCACAGAUAUCAGCGGCUCCAUGGUAACCUGAGUGCAGUGUGUGUGUUUUUGGACGGACUGAUGGAGGACAGUCAGCUGCUGCUAGACGACACCAUCAGCAUGAGGGAGGAGUUUACCAGCAGCACCACACACGUGGAGGUGUUCAGCGGGCAGAUGGAUCAGUGGCGCCCUCUGCUGAUGAAACAGGUCGACGGUUUGGUUGUUGGCCUUAAAAAGUCAGAUGCCCUGGAGAAUGUUUACCUUGCAGAAAGCAACGCCCACCAACUGCAGAGCCACGCCCACUCCCUGCACAGCUCGCUGUCGGCGGCGUGGAACGUGUCUCACAACAGCAGCCGAUUGGUUCAGCUGGACAGUGACAUAAGAGAACAAGUUAACGCCGCCCUACAGGCUGCCUCGAUCGCCCAUAAUUCAGCCUCCCUCGCUCUGAACAUGAGCAUCCAAUCAGAGAAGCUGCUGUCAGAGGAGGGCCGAGCCAAACUGAACAUGAGCUCAGCUGUUUACGAGCAAAGUCAAAGAAUCAACAAGACCACAGAAGACCUGCAGUUAAAUGUAACCAUGGUAACCAGCAGACUGGGAUUUGUCAGUGAAAGUAUCCGUAACUCCAGCUUCCUCCUGCGUCAGCCAAUCAGAGAGCUGUUCAUCCUCUCUAAUGGUACUUCUGCAGUUUUGCAGCAGUCUAAGUCUCAGGUAUCAGUGGCCCACUCUGAUGUCCAGGAGGCGCUGCAGCGUCUGCACGCGCUCACUCAGCAGCUCACACAUUCUUCUUCUGUGGUGGAACAAACCAACGUGACAGUGAGGGAGACAAAGCAGCUGGUGACGGACACACAAACGGCAGCCAAUGAGGCGCAGCAGAAGCUGGAGUUGGCAGGCAAUCGUGCAGAGCGACUCAUGGAUCGGAUAAAGCCGCUAAGCAUGCUGGGUGACAACCUGAGCAGGAACCUGUCCGACAUCAGAGAGCUGAUCGACCAGGCCCGAAAACAGGCUGCCUCGAUCAAGGUGGCGGUUCAGGCAGACAGAGACUGCGUCCGAUCGUACAGACCUCAGAUUCAGUCGAGUAACUUCAACACACUGAGUCUGACACUGAAGACCAACAGCCCCAACAACCUGCUGUUCUACCUGGGCAGCAACUCCACGGUGGACUUCCUGGCUGUAGAGAUGCAUGAUGGGAAGGUGUCACUGCUCUGGGAUCUGGGUUCAGGUAGCACCAGACUCGAGUUUCCUGCACUCGACAUCAGCAACAACAGAUGGACCAGAAUCAAUGUGACCAGGUUUGGGGCACGCGGAUCUCUAUCAGUUCACCAGCUGGAGUCGGAGGCUGCUCCGUUGCUGGCAGUAACAGCAACCUCACCGGGACAUUCCCGACUUUUAGACGUGAACAAAAACUCAGUGAUCCACGUCGGAGGGAGGGGAACACAAACACAGAGCCCCACCCUCCUGAGGUCCUCCACCUUUCAGGGAUGUGUAGGUGAAGCAUUUUUGAAUGAGAGGAACGUCGGUCUGUGGAACUACGUCAGCAGGGAGGGAGGCUGUGGAGGCUGUUUCAGCAGUCCUCAGGUGGAAGAGACAUCAUUCCACUUCGAUGGUUCUGGAUUUUCAUUGGUUCAGAAAUCUCUGCGAGCUACUUCCACCUCCAUUGUUCUGCUUUUUAAAACUCUGUCACCGGGCGGAUUACUGCUCUACCUGUCUUCCAACAACACGAGGGACUUCCUGUCGUUGGAGCUGUUGGGGGGCCGUGUCCAUCUGACCUUUGACCUUGGUUCCGGUGCUCUGAUCCUGACCUCCAACCGGAAGUACAACACCGGAGUGUGGUACAAGAUCACACUGCAGAGGAGCAAACGCAAAGGUUACCUUUCAAUCAUGGCAGCUGACCAAUCUUCAGAGAAGGAGGUUUUGGAGGCGGAGUCUCCUGGAACCGCGUCUGACCUGAACAGGUCCGAUCUGGACCCCAUCUACAUAGGAGGACUUCCUGCCUCCAGACCAAUCAGGCGACAGGUGGUGUCUAGGUCUUAUGUGGGCUGUAUCAAGAACGUAGAGAUUGCUCGCUCCAACUUUGACCUACUGAGAGACGCCUAUGGCGUGAGGAAGGGCUGUGUACUCGAGGCGGUGAGGAGUGUUUCUCUGCUGGCCAGCGGCUUCGUUCAGAUUGCUAAUCGAUCACUUGGUCAGGAAGCGGAGCUUCUCUUCUCCUUUUCAUCCAACAACCAAUCAGGAGUCCUGCUGGCAGCCCUAAGUGCCACACACAAACAGCACUUCCUGUCCGUCCACCUGGUCUCUGGCCGUUUGGAGGCGGAGCUUGGGGAGGUGGGCGUGGAGAGUAGGAGCGUGACAGUUUUUAAACCAGAUGGAACAUCAUUCAGCGACGGAAAGAAACACUCUGUGAUUAUCACCAUCAACAGAAAAUCUCUGUCCCUGCAGGUGGAUGAAGAACACAUUAAGACCGUCUCCCUGUUGCCGGGCGGAUUCUCACGUCUGUCUCCAGCCUCCUUUUUCAUUGGUGGGAUUCCAUUAGAGGAGGAGUCUCGUCUGCCAAUCAGAUUACAGGAGUUGUCCAGGUGGUUCAGAGGCUGCAUUCAACACUUCGUGGUGGGCGGCUUACUCGUUGACCUGUCAGAGGCUGUGAGGUAUGAAGGGGCGGAGCUUGACAGCUGUCUGUUGGAGUACAGAGUCAGGGGGGCAGUUCUUCCUGAUGACACCGAUGUACAACCAACCUCUGAUCCCGCCCAACUGCCUUCAACGCCGCCCACACACCUGAGUGCCUUCACACCUGGAGUGCUUACGUGUGCAACAGAGGCGGAGCCUACCUUUCUACCAUCAGGGGCACAAUUUGGUUUUUCUAAACACAGUCACAUGACCUUCAUCAUUAACCCCAGCAGAGUCAGACGGAGUCUGUCAGUGAGGUUGUCGGUUCGAACCCGAGUCUUGGAGGGGCUGAUCUUCCUCCUUUCUGACGCCAAACAGAAUGAUUUCAUCAUCCUCAGACUGACAGGGGGCCGGCUUAUCAUGUCAGCUGACCUGGGGAAAGGCCCCGCCUCCAUCACCUCGUCCGUCUCAAUAAACGAUGGAGAGUGGCACACUGUGAAUGCUGAACUGGGCCGGCGGUCUCUGUCUGUCUCUGUGGGCGAUUCGAAUCCAGACUCAGUGUCAGUUAAAGGAAACCAGUUGGACGUGGACGAGCGACUUUACCUGGGUGGACUCCCUCACACACACACGUCGAGGAGGAUCAAUGUGAGCAGCAGUUUUCCAGGUUGCGUGCGUUCCUUCACUUUAAAUGGAGCCAUAUUGGAUCUGUCCAAACCGCACUCUCAGCAUGAUGUCACUUCCUGUUUUACCCAUGACCAGACAGGAAGUUACUUUAAUGGCAGCGGAUAUGCCGCCCUCAUGCGUGAUGGCUUUAAGGUCGGCUCAGAUCUCUCUGUGAAUCUUGAGUUUCGAACGAGCCAAUCAGAAGGAGUCUUUCUGGGAAUCAGUAGCGCCAAAGUCGACGCCAUUGGACUGGAGAUGAUCAACGGACAGAUGGUGUUUAACGUAAAUAAUGGGGCGGGGCGAGUGCUCGUACGUUCCAUUGGUCACCUGUUGUGUGAUGGACGCUGGCACCGCCUGCAGGCCAGAAAAACCAAACACACCCUGAGUCUGAGUGUCGAUGGGCGGAGCUACACGACCGCCAACCCAUACCCACAAUCCACCUCUGCUGAGACCAACAACCCGGUUUACCUGGGAGGGUAUCCAGUGGGGGUGAAACAGAACUGCCUGUCGAUCAGCUCCAGGUUCAGAGGAUGUCUGAGGAACCUGCAGAUUGUGAAGUCUCAUCCUGGUGACUUCUUGGACCUGAGCUCCGCCCACUUCCAGUUGGGCAUCACUCCUAACUCAUGUCCUGUUGCCUAGUGACGCAGGUCCCUGCUCCGAUUGGACAACAGAAACCUACAGUCUUCAUAAACUGUGUCUAACCCUGACAUUUUCAAAUGAGAAUUCUAAUUUUGUUGUUGCCUAUGGAGAGUCAUUAAAGAUGAAUCAUUAAAGAAGAGU